AUGCGCGAGAACUACGUCGUUCAGUCCAAGCUAGACCCCGAUACCGCCAACCUCCCCCAAGACGUCCUCACCAUCCUCGGGCCCCUCGCGUCCCCGUUUGCGCGUCUGACCCUCCAGCGCCUGACGUAUACUUACGAGGCAGCCCUAACACAGUUCCCCAACUCGUUCAAGCUGUGGAAGUCGUAUUUGAACAUUCGCGUAUCGUUCGUUCUGGGAAAGCCGGUGGUGAAGAAGCGCGCAGGAGGGAAGAAGAAGUUCCCUGAGAUGAAGGAGGCGUUGGAGGAAGGAUCAGAGGAGUUGCCGGAGUGGGAGACGCCUUUGGACCCCAUUGUAGGCUGGGAGGAGUGGAGAGCGUUGAUUGCCACGUUCGAACGCGCUCUCAUGUGGCUACCGAAGCUCCCUCGUCUUUGGUUUAUGUAUUUUUCAAUAUUCUUCCAUCCCCGGUGUCCCUCUGUUCUCUCUGUUACGCACGGGCGCCGAACCUUCGAUCGCGCUCUACGAACGCUACCACCAUCGUUGCACGCUCGCGUAUGGAGCCAAUACCUUCUAUGGGCCGAGCGAAAAGGAGGAGAAACGAUGGUAUCUGUCUAUCGACGGUAUCUCGCAGUUGACCCUAGCAUCACGGAGCGCUUCACUGCCCUGUUGCUCUCUCCCACAUCUUCCGCCCCUCGCCCUCUAGAAGCCGCAAAAUUGCUUCUUUCACUUGCAGGAAAAGCAGCUAGAGGAGCAUACACAAGUCCUGAGGGGAAGAGCCCUUACCAACUACUGGAAGAUUGGAUCGAAGUGGUCGAAAAAUAUCCUGAGGAAGUCGGUUUGGGCGUUGAGGACACCGUCGAAUCAAACGACGUCAUUACCAAAGCUGAGGAAGAGGAAGAGGCAGAAAAGGCUCGCCUAUCCCAGUCAGAACCUGCGUCGAUGACCGGACCAUUAAUCAGGAUGGGUGGGCCUGCUGUUACUGUCACAGCAAACGAAAAGCAAAUGGGCGCGUACGACGAAGACGAAGACCCUUCAAGCACCCGAAAACUGAACGUCGAAAAUAUCAUCCACAAAGACGGUCUUGCUGUGUAUAAAGACCAAGCAGGCCGGUUGUGGACGGGGCUGGCGACCUACUGGAUCAAGCGGGGCGAGUUCGACCGCGCAAAGGACGUCUUCGAGGAGGGGAUGAAGUCGGUGCUGACCGUCCGCGACUUCACACAGAUCUUCGACGCGUACGCGGAGUUUGGUGAAUCUCUGAUCAGCGCCUUGAUGGAGGGUCUAGAAGAUGAGGAGGAUGAAGAGGACGCUGCUGAGACGGAGAAGGAGGUUGACGUACGGAUGAAGGAGUUCGAAGCGCUGACAGAUAGACGGCCGUUCUUGAUGAACGAUGUGCUGAUUCGAAGAAACCCAAACGAUGUCCAAGAGUGGGAGAAACGAGUCGCUCUAUGGGGCGAAGAUGAUGACCAGGUCGCCAAAACGUAUACGAAAGCUCUGGAAACCAUCAACCCUCGAAAGGCCACGGCCAACUUGCAUAGACUCUACGUCAAUUUUGCCAAAUUCUACGAAGAAGGCGGUGUUGCAGGCGAAGCUGAGCCUGAUCUCAACAAUGCUCGAAAGAUUCUGGAGAAGGGGACAAAGGUCAAUUUCAAGGCGGUGGAAGAUCUUGCUGAAGUUUGGUGUGAAUGGUCAGAGUUGGAACUUAGGCAUGAAAACUACGAUGAGGCCAUCCGGGUGAUGCAAAGGGCGACUGCUGUUCCUAGAAACACCAAAAUUAACUAUCACGACCACUCACUGUCUGCGCAAGCCCGCUUGUUCAAGUCACUGAAGCUGUGGUCGUUUUACGUGGACCUCGAAGAAUCAAUCGGCACUGUUGAAUCGACGAAGGCAGUCUACGACAAGAUCCUGGAACUCCGGAUUGCCAACGCACAGAUCAUCGUCAACUAUGCUGCAUUCCUCGAGGAGAACAGCUACUUCGAAGAAAGCUUUAAGGCAUAUGAACGGGGUGUUGAACUCUUCACAUACCCUGUUUCCUUCGAGAUCUGGAACAUCUAUCUGUCCAAGUUCGUGAAACGAUAUGGUGGGUCCAAGUUAGAGCGCGCAAGGGACCUGUUCGAACAAGCUCUUGAGAAGUGUCCCCCAAAGUCGUGUAAGCCGCUCUUCCUCAUGUAUGCCCAGUUGGAAGAAGACUACGGCCUCGCCAAACGCUCUAUGGCGAUCUAUGAGCGUGCUACACAGGCAGUCAACGCGGAGGAUAAGUUUGAGAUGUUCACUAUCUACAUCGCCAAAGCGACGGCCAACUUCGGUCUUCCAGCCACGAGGCCGAUCUAUGAGCGAGCCCUGGAGGUGUUGCUGGACAGGCAAACGGCCGAGAUGUGCUUGCGAUUUGCUGCCCUCGAACGCAAACUGGGCGAAAUCGACAGAGCCCGUGCGAUCUACGCACAUGCAUCUCAAUUUUGCGAUCCCCGCGUCAACCCUCGCUUCUGGAGCGAAUGGAACACCUUCGAGAUCGAGACAGGCUCGGAGGACACUUUCCGAGAAAUGUUGCGCAUCAAACGGAGCGUUCAGGCGCAAUUCAACACGGAGGCCAGCUAUCUGGCUGCACAGACCACCAGCGCGAGAGAAGGGACGAGGCAGGCGGAGGAGGCCUCCGAGGCGCCAGAUGCCAUGGCUGCUGCAGAGAAGCAGACGUACGGCGGUGCAUUCGUUGCUGCAAAGGCUACUGGCAAUGGUGUUCCUGCAAACGGCGAAGAGGCCGCUGCGCCCCCUCAAGCAAGCAACGCGGACGAAAUUCAUAUAUCUGACGACGAAGAUAUGUGA